AAGACGAGAACAAUAGGUAAACUUCGGGGCUUUGUUGUUGGUGGUAAUAAAAUUUCUGCCCCGAUUUGUUCUUUUUUGAGGAAGAAAACGUAUAUAGCAAAGAUUUGGGGGAGUAUGUUAUCUGUGGUCAACUCUACGGUGUUCUCAAAAGGAAGACAUUAGACGAGAUAUCACAGCAAACAGGCUCGUAAGUCAUGGUGCUUUCUUUGUUAUUUAGUCUCAGACUAUAAAAUGAAGUGAAUAUAACUGAUCAUUUUAAUUUUUGUACCAUUUACUUUGUAGCAUUCAAGUUCCUUGCGACUUGAGCCAAAGGUUUUCAUUCAUUAGUCUUAAGUGCCAAUUUAUCACAUGAACUUACGUAUAUAUUGUCUUGUCUGAACUCUUACUUUUAUAAACUAUUUUUCUCGGGUAAAUCUGCGUUUGUUAUAAUAAACUCUGUCAUUAAUAACGACCACGUAUUUUUUUUGUUAUUGACAAUCGUUAAAUUUAUUCGUCUUUAAUUAGCUAUCCUAGUUUAAACCACACGGAGUUACACCUAUUUAAAUAGGUUAUGCUUAUUUUUUGUUUGACAGUUUUUCGCACUUAUCCUAAGUACCGCGCAGAAUUAUCGCUCUUGUAGAAAUUGAAUUAGAUGUGUUGACCUUCCCGUGCAAAACACCCGCACGCCACCCGUACCAGGUCGUACAGGAAAAUACACUUUGAGUUUCCAUGGCAACUGUCUCCACAGCGCCUCGGCUGGUAGGGCUAAGACGAACAAAACAGAAAAAUAAAUUGGAACGUUUUCUGCGAGAAUUCAGACAAUGAAGUUUAUAUUCCAAAAAAGUGUUUCUGUCUUGCUCUUGUCGUUGCAGGCGUUUAAGGCUUAUACGGUUCAUGCCCUAUAUUUCAGUUUGCGGAAAUUCUCUCAGUCCGUCAAAAUAAGGCUUUAAGAAAUGAAGGCUAAUUCGGACCAAAGGUGUUUAACUAGUUGGAAUCUUCAAUUCUUGGAAUGACAAGACUGAAACAUACAAAACUUAAUUCAGAAAACGCUGUAAUAAGAACGCGUAACUCGGGCUUUGCUAACGGUCAAAUCAAGUAUCAAAACCGCUUCCUACUGAUAUUAUAUAGCCAAUACGUAAGUUCUGUCUGGUGAUUUCUAGAGGUAUUUAUCGCUGUAAAGACGAUAAUAACCUCUUCUCGUUAACUACGAGCUAAUUAGCCAAUCAGUAUGUAGGAAUCACAGAAUAGAACACAAGAAGAAUUUCACUAACAAGUAGUCUGUUAGACCAUUUUUUCUUAGAAUUGAGCGAGUAAAACACGCGAGUGCGCGGAAAUCACCUCUCGUGGGGAGAUCGGUCUCGAAUGCUUUAGAGCGAAAAGAUCGAUACGUUGUCUGAUAGGUAGUACGCACCGCGCACUGACAGUCGUCAAGCCUCACUUGAUUUUACUCAGUCUUUGCUAACAUGCAGGCAUCGCCCUUUUUAAAGUUUAAAAUAGCUAAGAGAAAAAAUUGUGAAAGCUCCGUAUAAAAGUGUUAUUAAGUAAAAUUUUUCAAACUGGCGCGCUUGAAAUUUAAUCCACAGUAAACGAUUUUGACUUGACCCGUAGAAAAAGCCAGAUUCAUUUUGAUGGCAAAAACCAGAAAAUAAAAUUAAGGUAAAGAACUUGAAAAGUUCCAUACAAAUCCCUGGAGACCACAGCUGAAUGUGUUCUAGUUUGAAAGUUUUUGACAAAGCAGUUUGUGUGAUAUGUAUCGACUAAUGUUGCGGUUUAGUUAGUUUAGUUCGAGUAGAAACCAAGACACGUACUUUCACAUCAUUUAUCAGUGCUAAUUUCAAAAAAUCAAUGACAACAUUGAAGUCAUGCUUAUUAGAUCUCCAUUUAAACAUUUUUUGAUCCAAAACUAACCAAAUGGCACCUCUUGUCAGCAAAAAUGGCACCUUCAACAAUUAGAUGUUUAUAAGAUUUGAAGUUUGUCUGUCUCGCAUCAGUUGAGUAAGGGUAAAGACCGAAAUAAAAAUGAUGUGCUUUACUGAAACUUCAAUGUUAUGGGAAAUAUAACACGAUUCUAUGUCAUAUCUCCAGCUAUUUUGUGGAAAGUACUUUAGGCCUUAGUGUACUCAAGAGGACACACGAGUUAAUCCAAAGUCGGUUUCGAACCUUAAUAUUACAGAUGUAGAAAAUGAUAUAUUUGAUUGAAAUUUGAGGAGAUUCUUGUGGCGAUGUUUACAAAUUAGAAGUCUAAAAACCUAAACCUCGUCAAAACAAACAAACAGGAACACACAGAGAAGAAAAACAAGAAAUCAUCCUCAGAUUCAUAUUCAUGGGAUUAUAAGUAAUCGGAUGAAAUUCAGGCUACAUUAUUGAACGAGAAAACGAUAAUAACAUAACGUUUUCUAUCCAGCCUAAUUUGAAAGAGUUAACCAAAAUUCAGUGAAGUACUUCCUCCUUUCCAGUUGACAAUUUGUCGCUGAAUUUAUUUAUUCCUUUAGGCUACAAUAGUUAGGAAUGAUUGUUGUCAAUAACGUUAGAACUUUGGGUUGGUACCCUAACUUUUAAGUUGGACUAUCGCUGUGUAAUUUUCCCAGCCGACGGAGUAGGACAGCAAUUGUGAUUUUCGUCCAGAGUUGAAAUUAUUCUAAUAAUUUUUUUUUUAAGUUUCGAAUCACUUUGCCUAUAACAUUUUCGAGUGGCUCAGUAAGUAUAAAUUUUGGAAGCAGUGCUAAGUAUUUAGUAAUGUUUCAUUAUGUGUUUUCAAACUUCCAAAUUAACCAAGUACCUAGACUGUAGAACCCUUGAUUACUGCAGGGCUUUUAUUUUCGGGAUGAAAACUUACUAUUUUUAUUUUUGAAUAUCAGUUGAAUCUUGAGAUUCUUGAACAGCAAUAAAGACAGGUUGUUUGACUUUUGAAAAUAAGCGGUUUAUAGCAUAAAAGCUUCAGGGAGGUUUGUGUUUACAUUGUCCCCAUCGGGGGUGUGAACCUAAUGAAAAGGAGCAAAGAACCGGAGGAAAAAGAAAACAGUUGCUGAAAUACAGGAGUAAAAUUAAGAUCCUUGUAGGUACUCAGUGAUUUUUGCACGCUCUAUGAAUAGUAAAAAGCUCGCGUGAUUGUAUCUUUUACAAAAAAGUACUUUGAUUAUACUCUUUUUGAUUGAUAUUACUACAAUUAUUUUUUAUUUUCAAAUUUUCUGCCAUAUUUCUAACCUCGCUGUUUAAGAAAACUGAAAAUUUUCUCCUUCGAUUUUCAAGGUUCUCUUAGGUUAACACCAAUGUGUUGCAUGACACCCGAAGAUUAUUGAGUAACAUUACGUCAGAACACUUUCAUUUUCCAAGACACAACAGAAGAAAAAGGCAUUAUUUUCCACAUAAAAAAAUUGUUAAGAAAUUCUAAUGGGAGUCAAAACAUAAAAUGCUGCCCCUAUAAGUCGAAAAUCAAAACCAUGAAAACAUACUCAGUGAUUAUUUUUUUCUCAAGAGGGCGUGAAUGAAGAAACUCAAGAGCUUAUUUGCUCUCUUUUCCACACUCCGACAACCUGUUCGCGCGCUUAAACUCGAGUGCUGAUUGGCAGAGUAGUGUUCAGGGUCAACUGAUUACGUCAUCGCAUCUUAAUGUUGUGUAUCAAGUGUCUUAGUCUUCACGAGCCGGUGAUGCCACGUUAAGCGCGAUAACACUGACGCUAAAUAACGCAGGCUCAGGUUCGGUGCCCCUCGCCCAAUCAACCAGUCAAACCUCUCAUAUUGGGAGCCAAUUCGCGAACUCAGUUUCAGAGCAAAAAGCGCCGGAAGCUUUGUAGGUGGCAGCCAUACUUUUUUUGUAGAACGGGCUGAUAACUUCAGGUUGGUGUUGUAACUACGCAGUGUUUUUAAAACUACACUGAGAGGGAACUGUGUAAUAUAUUUGCGGAUCAAGUGGUUCAAGAUAUCGGUGGGAAAUGCCUUGGCUAGCGUGAGGUCAUUUGUCGUGGUCACUACAUUCUGGAAUCGGCAAAAGCGAACAGGAUCUUUAUAUCAAUUCGAUAACGGACUUAUUCAUCAAGGGGUUGUUUCGGGAACCCAAAGCUCAAGUCUCCAAAAGAGGAGCUUCAUUGUUUCCUUUGCACCCGGAAGUGAUUGAUAUCACCUUUGAAGGACCUUUUCUGGAGGCAUUACGGUGAUAUAUCUUGCUUGUGCAAGACGUCUCCCACCGAUAUCAAGUUAAGUCCACUGGAUAGCACUAUCAUAUCAGUUAUCGAAGGUAUUUUAUGGUCAAGUAAGGUAAGCAUUUUGUUAUAUAAAGUGUGAAACGUUCGAGGGAUUUAAUCGAAAGACUCGAACGUGUGUUUGUGUACCUUCUGUUCGAGUCAGACUCUGUAAUGAAGCUUGAUCUGACGAACUACGCAAAUUAGACAUCUGACGCUCCCGUUUUAAUUUAUAGUAGCAAAUUUAUUUUAGAUCUGCUCUUUUGGCCGUGUUCCUUUAAAUGGUGCUUGAAUGCAGAACUAAAAAAAAGAAGAAUCGCGUUACAAACACCCAAAAAACAAACAGCACGGUAGGAAGGCAAUUCAAUACCACCCUUUUGUGGAUGGUCACUCCUGAGAAACAAUCCAGCAACUUAGAAGUAAUGAUACCACGCUGAAAGAGCAAAUUGUUAUCAUAAAGCAAUAGUAAUAGAAAAGAUUUUUACUUUUUCUAGUAACAUGAGUCUUUUUAGGUCACUUUGGUGCCAAGGUUACAACAAGAUAGAAUUCUUGUCUUAUUCUUGGGUGACGGAAAGUUGACUAAGGGGCGUAAGGCGAUGAAACGAUUGUUAGCCUUUAUGAGCAACUUCGGGUACUUUUAUUUGCAAGGGAAAAAAGCCCGCGAAAAAUUACAAAUCCAAAAGACCCUCGUUAGCUAAAGAUCUAAAAAUUACAAACCAGAACAGAAAAUGUCACAACAGGCGGCUGUAAUUGGCCGAAAGAUUUUUAAACACCUGUAGAGCGGACCAGUUGAAUGAGUGCUGUCCCCCUAAUCCAACACUACGUUAUCCUCAAAUAGUUAAGUCAUUAGACAAAGAUAAUUAACUAUUCAUUCACCAGUUGCCUAAUAUAUAAACAAUUUACUGGUGGAAUGAAGUCACGGUAGCCUGGCUAGAAACCAAACUCCCCAACCCCCUUCCUAUGUUGGCUUGACGGAAGGGUCAGUUUCAUUUUUGGAAAAAUAGUGUUUUCUGUUUAUUUUCCUAGGUCAUGAGGAUCGCUUCCUUGGCGGUACUAGUCGCCGUAGGCCUAGUACAUUUUCAGUUAUCGGUAAGUACUGAUUUAUAAACGAAUCACUGAGUUUAGUUUACUGGGCGUGUUGUCUUAGUCGAUCGAACGUUUGAUCAAUGGAACGAUUGAUCGAACGGUUGGUGGCUAAUCAAAGAACCGUAUCAUUUUGGAUGAGUAACUCCAGGCUUUAAAACAUAUACCGACGACUUAAAUGUAUAUACGCAAACGGCACAACUGAGUACUUUUUGUAUUACCAUAGUCUCUUCGUAAAUUAAAAUUGCUGUGCACAGUCCAUUAUGGUUUAUCGUUUUUAUUUUUUACUAUGAUGUUUUGCUUAACACACAAAGACAUAUGACACAUGUAGUUUCAGAUUAUUGGCAUCACAGAUUUUAUCAAAGAUCAACAAACUACAUCGAUCGAGGGAUGUGAAACUUCUUGAUAUCUCUGUUUCCAAAUGGUUCUUGAUUUAAUGUAUGGAAAUAUUUUAUCGUAAUGAAUAUUAGCUUCGGAACCAUUUUCAAAUGUGUUUUUUCUCUAUUUCGCGCCAUAUUUAGUGUCAACCCACCUGUUUUAGCACCAAAUAUGGAGUGAGUGAAAUAAACUGUGAAGGAAGUUUCUUGUUAAUUUUUUACAAUCACACGUCGAUUACAUAUUCCGUUUUCCGUCCGUUUCGAUUUUUCGCUAUACUUUUGCCAGAAAUUAACGUUUAAAUAUAAGAAAUGGCGAAGGAAAGAAGUUCUAAUAGUUAAAAUUUUAAAGCAACAAGUUACUGGACAAGAUCGGCAGAAUACAGAAAUCACUAAUCCAGAGGAACAAAGCCAAGGCCCAAUCAGGAACCCUAAAAUACCCAGCUACGAUUCCAUGCUUGCGGUGGUUGUCGUAACUUUUGCGGCGAUAUAUCUGGCCACAGACAAAUCGGUAAUACAAAUGCUUUUAGGUGAACUUAAGUGUAGUCAUCGAUCGAUUUUAAAACCAGGUGAAUUUCAUGGUGGCAUGUGAUAGUUAUCCUGGUGGUUUUGACUAUGGCGAUUUAAUUUGUGUUCACUGAUUUUACUUAUACAACGAUACGCUGCCCGAGAGCUGUUUAUAAUUACCUUGCUUUCAGAUUAUAAUGCUUAAGCAUGGGUCAAAUCUGUUUCUGGAAUUUUAGAGUGUUUCCUAACCGAUCGAAGAUAAAGAAAACUUCGUCCCAGUUAGAGGGAGUCUGGCACAGAAAAGACAGAACAAAAUAAUAUAUGUACGAUAUGGACUGACAAAUUUUGAUAGCUAAAUCGAAUACGCAAUUUUAAUUUGUCUCUUGACUUUCAACGGAUAAAAGAGAAAUAAGCAGUUGAAAAACACACUUUAUCCGCAUGUCUUGGGUAGUACAUCUUUCUUACGAGCAGUCCUCGCUCUCCUGUUUCCACUUUGAACUUUUAUUACCUCACAGUCUUAUUCAUAUGUUUUCUUGUCUUUGUUAGCUUAUAUAGGACGGUAAUGAAAGCUUUUACAAUCACAGAGCCAAAAAGAAUUACCAGGAAUUAGAAAAUAUCCUCACUAAUUGUUUUUCAUUGUUCUUUCCGUAAGGCGUCGCUGCCAAUGUCUUCAGUCCCUCCACUCCUAAACAAACUACUAAAGGAUCAGAAUGUAACACUGGGUUUCAUUCUCAAAGGCCUUCAAGGUCCUCCCGGUAUGAAUGGUAUGGCAGGAAUGUCUGGAUCUCCUGGACCACAAGGACCUCCAGGUUUCAAGGGAGAUCCUGGUCCGCCUGGUUUUCCAGGUACACCAGGUCUACCCGGUUCUCCGGGUUUCCAGGGUCCUCCCGGUAUGGAUGGUGCUCCUGGAGCCCCUGGUUUCCCCGGUCCUCCUGGUUUCCCGGGAGGUAGCGGAAUGCCUGGUAUCCCCGGUAUGCAAGGUCCCCCUGGUCCGCAAGGUCCCCCUGGCCCCACACCAAUCAGAUACGUAAGUACCCCAUUUUAGUCUUAUAACACUAAACACUAUUCGAGCUUAAGGUUUUAAAGGAUACAGACGAAAAUACUUACUUACUUAAGGCCGAUCUCACAAUCGAGCUUCCAUGACAAAAUCUUCCCACACAUUUCAAUCCAGCAUUGCUGACCAAAUAUCGCUGACGUUGUCAAGACUGGUGUUCCUUUUGGUGUUGUGGAUAUAGUCGACUGGCUUUCUUCCUAACUCUUCCUACAAUUGGUUGCCAUAACAUAACUUUCGAGGCGACAACGACAGUACGUAUCUGUCAAAAUCAAUGAAUGACACCAGAGUGAUCAGUGAUAGUUGUCACGUGUUACCCUUCAAAAGGUUUCUUACUUAAUUUCUUUGCUAGUGUUCAAGCAAGUUUAAGAAGUUUCAAACUUGAGUAGUGGCGGUGACUGAUCUUCCAGUUUCUGAUAAUUCUUGAAUAAACUUGUGUCUUUGUUUUUCACAGAACGGCACAGUGAAAUGUGAAGAGGACACAGCUUGGCUCAGAUGCAACGAAUACAAACACAUUAGCAUAAUCUCUGCUUUCUGGGGAAGACGAAACUUCGGCUUGUGCACAGAGCACACAGGAAAUCUUAAGUUUAAUCAGUACUGCCCGACAACACCAUUGUUUCUCACAAAAGUAAAAGACGCCUGCGAGGGAACGACCAUGUGCGAGAUUAGAUGCACGAAGUUCUUUUUCAACGACCAAUCAUGCGCUGACGUAUACAAAUACUUGGAAGUCUACUAUAAAUGCAUCGAAGUUAUUAACGGGCACGAAGUUGUCAACGAGGAUAACCUACUCAACGCUAACUACCUGGGUUGAGCCAAUAAAUGAAAGAACAAAACGAACUUUCUAUCGGACGUUGCAUUUUCUUGGCUCUUUAAUGGAUGUAACAUUUUACUUUGCUGGAAAGAGUUCUAUUUGUAAAAACGGGCUUGCCUGAUAUGGAGAAUAUGAGCGAAUAAAUCGUAUCAUAACCAAGGCGAAGGCCUGCAAAUUUCUAAUUCUUCCGCGAAAGAAGACGACAUACAUGGCACUUGUUCCACGUAUUAUAUCGAUUUAAGGUAGUUUUCUUUCUGUACAUGACAUGAUUAAAUCAUCUUCGUAGAAUCGAACGAUAUUUGCUCGGCUCGACACGUUGUUAUAAAAUUUAACAAGAGAAUGAUUGUAUUUAGAGAGCUAGGGUGUGUUUUUUUUGUUUGUAGACAGUUUUUGUUCUAAAACGUUACUAAUUAGUGCUACUUAAAUAAAAGAUUAACCGACCAACACAAACUAACCAAACGAACUGGUACAAGCCACGAUACAAAACGGAAAAUCACUACCUGUUUCAAUCGUUUGUGUAUGAUAUUAUAGGGCGAUUUAUGAUGUUAUCUUCAGUCAUAUGUAAAUAAACUGAUAAUGGAAUGGUUUACUGGUGUACACGCUAGUAUUAUAGUUCUAGAAGAGUUAAUCGGUGGUGAUAUGCUGUUAUUUGGUGACGAGAUGUGAAUGAAGUCUACUUCAUCAGUUUGAAGUUUAAAUUUUGUCAAUAAACGACAUUGCCGUUAACCACUCAUGUACUUUUUUUCAACAAGUUGAGUUGUGUUUUAGCAAUCAACCGUGGCACGAUAAUAAAGUCUUUUUAGGGACCGACCGACUACAAGACUUUGUGUCUUUGUUGUCUUUGCUUUAAAAUAAAAUGGAACUUCUGCAGCCACACCCGACCAUAUAUUAAGCAGGAACAAAGCUACUAUUUUCAAUCACUUCUUUGGAAUCUACCAUUUCAGGUAGUUAACGCUUUCUUUUCCAACGUUGUUCCAGUGGCGACGGUGUUUAAAAGAAAACUGAUAACAUUAACGGUCAGACUCUGUUCACACUUACACAUUUCCGAAAGCCUUUCGGGUUAACAAAAAACGAAUCAAAUUUCCCACGUCCACAUUAGCGUUUAAGCAUCGUUGACGAAUGCCCACACUGCGGCAUCAAAAACGUAUAACUUGCGAUACGCUUAAUUCGUUUUUUUUUCGGGCGUGCGCACCACUCACUGUGCAUGCUCCACGGCAUGGUAGCAAAACAGCGCCAUACUGUAAAUACUUAACCUGAAAACUAGAAUUUUACCCAAAGAAUAAAACCACCUUAAAGGAGCAGUAUCCGGUUACCGUGCAUGUAACUUUGAUUUUCUGACAGGAUGUCGCGAAUUCAAAAGAUGCGAGGAGAGCAAUAGAACCUUGAAAAAUCCGUUUGCAUCGCGCUUGGCCGAGUUCGAUACUUCACUAAAACGUCUCAGAAUUACAGAUCAAUGAUAUAUUGUUCCCUUUAAGUUUUGAUUUGGGUAAAACAGUUUUGUUUUUGGCGUUACUUUCAUUGCUGUUGGGAGGACCAAAGAGAGAAGGGGAGCACUCUAAUGCCAGUUGAAGGCUUAUUUCUCCCGUCAGCUUCCAUACAAGCUCAGAUAGUCGUGAAAGGAAUAAGCAGAAAUGGCACAGCAACAAUAAAGACUAUGUAAAAAACAAACCAUUGAGACACGAAUGUGACUGAGGAUAUCUUGUGGAAGCUUCAUGAAGCACGAUGUGUCGCAAAGACAUGUUAGUAAACUUAUAAUAAAACCUCCUUACGGCGGACAAAAUCAAACGACAGGCACUAAAUAAUUAGGGAAACGGGUGCAAUGAAAUCAUAAUAUAAUCUUUGAGUAACCUUUGCGAUGCUUCUUCGCGUUAAGAUUACAUUUUUAUUUAUAUCUUUCCAACUUUUGAAGCUAGAUCGCGAGCAAAUAUUGCUAGGCUUGGACUUGCCACAAAUUGACCUCUGACACGAGUUCCACCGCAGAAAAGUUGAAAAGCGAGCGAAACGAGCAUUUUAGGUCGCAAGGCAGCCAACUAGAGACAAAAUUGAGAGAAGUCUUCAAGCCGCGGGCCAAAUUUUAAAUAAGACGAAAGAUGUCUUCGAAAGUCUAAAAUGUACUUAAGAAUGUAACAACAAAUCUCCGUCGGCAGUGCGGUCCGGAAGGAAAUCUUGUCGUGUCAAUAUGACAUUUCCAUUGUCUUUUUAAUAAUAAUAAUAAUAAUAAUAAUAAUAAUAAUAAUAAGAAGAAGAAGAAGAAGAAGAAGAACAUUUUUAUAGCGCCUAUCCAGUAAUGAACCAGGCGCUUAACAAAGUGAAAAAAUUAGAAUUAAAAUAAAUUUAAAUUCAAAUAUACCACAUAUAAAAUGAAAUAAAUCUUCCCAACGACCAAAGUUGGAGGGCUGAGACAGCAAAUGCUCUAGAUCCAUAGGUCUUAAGGUUAAAGCUAACAGGAUUCAGACUGAGCGUAGAAGAUGACCGAAGCGAUCUAGACGGUAAGUAGCGGGUGAUUACGUCUUGAAUGUAGAGCCUUGAAGGUAAGUAGUAGACUCUUUAAUUCGUUCAGAAACAAGUAGCCAGAGAAGAUCAAAGAGGAUGGGAGUGAUGAGAUAACACUUCCUAGAGCGUGUAAUCAGUCUGGCAGCUGCACCUGUGCACCGAUUGACGUUUUUAGGGACAUUAUAUAGUAGAGAAUUGAAAGUUUGGAAGUUACAAAGGCGUGAAUAUGAAUCUCAGUAGUUUGCGUUGAUAAGUAUUUCCUUUAUGCAGGAAAUGGUGCGAAAAUGAUAAAAGGCAGAUUUACAAACAUUGUUGACAUGGGGAAGCAUUGGCAUACUGUUAUCGAAGAUAGCGCCAAUAUUUCUUGCAGGUGAAGAGGGCUUGAUUAUGUCUGUUCCAAAGUGACGCGUUGGUAGAGAUUGUUGUGGAUUAUACUUUGAGAAUAAGUAGAGAAGCACGGUCUUGUCUUUGCCUUUAGUUUUAGUCUGUAGAUGGACAUCUUCUUAUCAAUGUCGGACAGGCAUUCCUCAAUCUUAGUGAUACUGUUGGUUAAUUCUAUAUCGUUGUUUGUAGAGAAAGAAAUAUAUAAUUGAGUGUCAUCGGCGUAAAAGUGAAAUUGCAUUUCACGGAAUCGUAGAAUGUCGGCAGGUGCUGUGUAGAGUACAUACAGAAUCGGGCCAAGGACAGAACCUUGAGGUACACCGCACUUGAGCUCGUGAGACUGUGAUAUCUACAUCCUUCAAUUAACGCAAACUGCGAGCGAUUAGUAAGGUAGGAGCGAAACCAUUCAAGGGCUAUGCCAGAGAUAGAGUAUUUAGUGCAAUCUUGUAAGGAGGAUAUCGUGAUCCAAAGUGUCGAAGGAACAGACAGGUCUAACAGUAGAAGCAUAACACAGUGACGUUUAUCAAUAAAAACCAAAAUGUCAUUAUGAACAAGCACAAGGGCGGGUUCACCACUGUGAAAAGGUUUAUAGGCAGAUUGUAGCGGCUCAUUUAGCUGGUUAGCUUCUAAAUAUUUUUGAAGACGUACUGCGACGACCUUUUCAAUAACUUUUGAGAUCACCUUGAGGUUUGAAACAGGUCUGAAGUUUGCAAGAACUUCAUGAUCUAAGCAGGCCUUCUUAAGUAGUAAAGAUAGAAGAGAAGUUUUAAAAGAAGACGGAAAAUGACCGGAUCCCAUUUUUUAACUAUUGCUUAGUUCCUAAUUCAUUGUUUUAUUGGGCUGGGUGAAAAGAAAUUAAAUGAGACAGAGGACAUUUAGGCGCACACCGUUUUUUAAAUUUUUUUUUCUGUCGCUUUACAAGAAUCCAUGUGCACAACGAGCGACUUUUUCAGAUGCCUUGAGGUCAGCAAAGACCUAUUAAACACCGGAAAAAACGAUAUGGCUAUUUCAAAGGUCUGCAAAUAUCUUCCGCGCGCUAAGUCCCUCGGUAAGCUGAAACAUUACGCGUCACUUUUUACCAUGUGCACACAAACGCUUUCAUUUAAAAUCCCGUCUAAUAAUAAUCUUAAUUUCAAAUAGACGGAAGUUUAAAUACUAGCUAAAAUAUCUUUGGAGAAGGUUUGUAAAACAAGUCAUACUAAUUACUUUCUAUAUUAUCUGUUGUUGUCCUCAUGCGAAUCUUGUAUCCCAUCUGCCCUUCUCCAGCAGCUAAUGAUACGAUCUACCCUUUUCAUUCUUGUUUAUCAGCUUGAUUGGUGAGCAAAAUCUUACGUAACAGACAGCUAUCAAUACCUUGAAACAUUUAUUCGAAGGGAGGUAACUAAAAGUCAAACGCAUACUCUUUUUUUUUGCGUGGUGUUUAAUGAUUAAAUUAAUUGUUUGAUAUUGCCCUGAAAUCACUUCGCAUAAUCAUAGAACAGAUUAGAGAAAGGGUCAUAAAAUGGAGGCAAACGACUUACGCAAUUACGUGGUUUUCCUUAAUAAAAAACAUAAAGCAAACUAGACUUUCAACCAGUAAAUCCUUCGUUUAUUAACAAACGUUCGUCUUCAAGAUGAUCAAACAAGAUUAGUGAGUCUGACAAGCAUCAUUUGUUACACUUUACUUUUCUUACGACCAUGGGAAAUCACAAAACGGGAAAUAAUAUCACCACUUCCGCUUCCGCUCCCACUUCCACUUCCACUUCCGCUACUUAUGAGUAAACGGGGCGUCGUCCGUGAUCCGCGUCCAUUCACAAAAAAUCCCAAGGGUAAUUUCUGGUUGCGGUAGUAACUCACUAUGCUCUGACGUUCAUUCUUAAGGUGACGGGGCUUUCGUGGAACUAUAGAAGAUUGCUGGUAGGAGAACAACAAGUCAAAUUAAGAAGAUAUUUCUUUACUGACAGUAGCUAUACCAGGCAUGGCUGAUCAAAACUACAAUUGCAUUCAUAAUAGCACGCAGAGACAGUCUCAAUAGAACCCUUCAUACGAUACCCGCCAGAAUGCACGCGCUUAAGGAUACGAGGGCAGAAAAAGGCAAACAGGAUCACUGUAUGUCGUAGCCGAGUCUCAUAAAAACACGUCCGCCCCCAUGCACGUCCCACGGCCUGUUGAUGGGAUAAAAGCAAUGUCACGUGGUUUUUCAGGGGGUAAAGAAGAACUAAAAUCUAGUCUGUCGAUACAAGAAAUUACGGUCCAAUUUUUAUCGGGCUGCCCCUGAGGGCAAUGCCUCUUGCUUCUAUCUAUGUGAAAAAAAGACAGAAUGGCGGACUGAACUCCUAGAAGGCUUUGCGCGUCCCAUUCUCCCUUCAAUGGGGUCGCUUAUCGCGGGGAGAGGACGGGUCAUGGUCGUUAUAUUAAGCGUUGUGGAAAGUUCCAGUUAAAAAUAAUGCCAAUCUUUUCUUGUUUCAAAAGGCAAACUUGAUUACUAGCUAUCCGGUAUAGUAAGCACAACUAUCCGAUAUGUCUCUCUCCUCUUUAGAGAUCGACGCGGCGCAGCUUUGCUCCGUUACGGAAGUCACGCCGAAAUCAACUGUUCUUAUGUAUGAACAGAAGCCCUAGCCGGUAUAAUUUUCGCGCGGGGCAAAAGCUACCUGGAAAAGUGUGAACCUAGCCUGAGUCAGCUGUUGAAACAGAAAUGAAUCAUGAAUUUUAAAUAAUACGAAUUCAAAACUAAAUCAAGAUUCAGUACCGAUGAAUGAUUCCAAUAUGGGGCUCUGAUAACCAAUGCCAUUGCAAUUACGAUCAACUGACCAGAAGAAGUAAUUAAAUAAUUAAACAAUAAAUCGACCUAAUACACGUUUUUAAAUAGCGCUAUUUCAAUUCAGUUAGGAAAAAACAAAUUCAAAUAAUUUCGCAUGGAAUUUAAACUUAUGUCCUUUUGCUUUGAGUAAAUUUGCUUGCUAUGCCCUGAAAACUAUCGUGUAACAACCAAAUGAAUUUUCAUGUGAUCAACCCAACCGCGGGGAGAGAAGCCAUGAUUAUAACGCCACGUAGCUGAAAUUAAAACAGUGAUUGUAAAAGGCCAAAAUGGUAAGCAAGACAGAAUACUACAGAUCCUGAGUAGGACUUACUGCAACUGCAUAUAAAGCGACCGCGAUAAAAGCCAGCUUUAUCAUCAUCUAGGGAAGGACCUUCAAGCAGCCUACUAUUCAAGGCACCAGUGUGAUAUGCUUACUAAUUCAAUAGGAACUGUUAGAAUAAGUCAAAAGUCUCCUUCUUAUAAUCACAACGUAUGAUUAUCUCAUUUAGAAACAACGCAUGCCCAUACAUGUUCACUGAACAGGUUAAACAGACAUGGAGAUGCAGAAGACUAAGAACACCAAAUCUUUCGACAUACAUACAAAAGAUUGGAAACACAAUGAACAUUAAUUAUCACACGACAAAAUAACAGCCAAGAAAAAAAAUAACACUUUCUAAAACACUAAUUAAUACCCGCUUAACCACCGGUAUUUCCAAGCGUUAGGUAAGAACGCCCCUUACCAAACGCUAACAUCAUUUUCUACAGAGCUUCUUUGCUCUUCCUAUCUUGCAGGAAGAGAAGAAGCACAUCAUAAUAGUUUACGCUGCCGAAAGAACAGUUAGUUAUUCAGGUCACCGUAAAUUGGAGGAAUGGAGUUCGGUUUUUUGUCGACCGUUAACUGAUAAAAACAGUUCGCAUGGGGUGCCGGAUUUUCAGUGAUCAGCUAUAAUUCAAGUCAUUUCACAGUAAUAAGCAAAUAUUUAAGCACCUUCAGACUCGUCUUAACUUUCACGUUUUUUAUAACGGUAUUAAUCAAAAUCUCACUAGAGGUGCCCAUCCCUUUGAACAUAUAGUGUCGAGGAACAUGCGCAGAUUGCCGAAAAACGUUUGCGUGAUUCAGUCUCUUCGUGACAAAGGAAAAUGUUGCUUAUCACCUCCCGAAGAGCAUGCAACUGUUAAAGGAGACUUCUGAGAAGCUCAUCACCUCCCGACGAUCAUGCGACUGUUUAAGAAGACUUUUGAGAAGCUCCAAGCCUCGAACACACUCUUAGGUUUCAACCACACAAUAAGGGUGCUCUCUUAGGCACCCUGAUUCAUGUACUCAGAGACGGUAGUCCCUAGAUUUAUAAUAUGAUACACAUACACUGUUUUUAUAUUUUAUCUCCAACAUUCAUGUGGCAAAACUCCUUACUCUACUGAUGAUUAGGAUAACGGCGGCCUACAUGAAAGUUGUGAAUUCACCAGUCUAUUGUCGCCCAGCGGUCAGCCGGAUUGGGGGCAGAAUUAGUCGUCAGACAAUGUAUCUUACGCUAACCAAGAAAUAAAAGAGAGCCAUUUCGCAGUUGACAGUUAUAUGUUUAGACAAUUCUUAGCUAACCCCACGCAGACUCUCUAUUAAGAGAGGGGCGUUUUCUCUUACCGCAGCGUUUUCUGUUAUCGCAGGUGGUGAUGGUUCACGCACACAUUCCCGUAAAUAGCUUUUUAGCUUUACUAACCCAAAGAAACAUUAGUACUACAACAUCCUAGGCACGUUUCAUCUAGGUAAUAACUUAUUAGCACGUUUUCACCUUUUUGGUGUUCAACCAGACGGUACCCCUUUUGUGUUUUGGCUAGCUGAAUUACAUAGACCUGCACGGUCAGUUUUUUAAUGGUUGAACGAGAGACCCUGCUGUUUCUGUUACGUCGAACGCCGAGAGAUGAUACAAAUAAACCCACAGUUUCGUUUAGGCUGACUUGCUUGAGCGAGUCUAACCAAACAUAUGCACUCUAGUGUUUCUUUGGUUCAGUGAAUUUUUCCCAACCAUGACAUCAACAAUACUGGCCAGGUUUUUCAAGCGUGUUGAGGUUUAAAUAACACUUUGUGGUUCAAGACAGCUACAGUACAUACAAAACACAAGGCCUGCCUUGCGUGGAAACAGUGAGAAUUAUUUUCUCUUUGUAGCUGAGUGAUACAGAAGCUUAUUUGUCCGCCGAUGAGUGAUAUAAAGGUGAGAUUCGUAAAUGGACAAUUCUCAUACUCAGAUUCAGCUAAGGUUAGAAUAUUUUCGCAAGGAAGGCUAACGUUCUCAUCAAGUCUCUUAAAAAGGAUUACCGUCGCUGUUAGAAUUAAAUAACGUUUAUUUGGGAGCAAGAGUAUUUUGAAUUGCAGGAAAGACCAGUGAGCUUUCUGACAAUAUUUCAAUUUUUCCUUUAUUACCAAACAGAUUCACUUCAGUAACUUCCCAAAAAAAUUUGUUUCAAACGUAAGGGUUAGAACUGCACUUUUGUUAAAAUUAGAGAAUCAAUACUAUUUGCGUUUAGUUUGAAAACCUUCUUCGUCGGUUAAAUAAAUAAGCGUCUGGAGAUAAAUUGAACGAAAUAUUUACCACCUAUUUGAUUUUCAAGUGAUGUGAUCUGAUUGCAGCUAUUUUAAUAACAGGGUAAUCAUGUUUUCUUAGUUAGUCACCUCAGCCUUUGAUUUUGACAUUCAAAGGUAGAAAAAGUCUUCAAACAUAAGUGAAAGCAAGACUUAAAAAGCAAACUUCUUGGCGUUUAUUUGACAUUACUUCCCUGUUUUUGACAAACUUCCAACUAUAAUUUGUUUUGUUUAUUGACAGUGACUGAAUCAUUGAAAAAUCACCCAGCGUAAAAGUCGAACUGGUGCCGGAUGCGCACGCUCAGUGGCUUCAUUUUUGGCGGGUAGGUAAAUGUUACGCGCUUGACGCAUGACGUAAUAACGUGUAGUCUCAUUACCUAACAUCUGGGACGAGAACGGUGACCAAAUUGGACAGGCUUAACAGGGUCCAUUUUGGAAAACUUUUAUUUCUUUUCCUCGGAUUUCUUGGCCGUGGAUUUUGACCAGAGGUAAGAGAUUUUCAAAAUCACAUUUGGAUUCGUUGAACUGCAUAAAUUAUCUCAUUUCAUUUUCUGACACUGGGGGUUUGAGGGAGAAGAUGAAACAACCCUGGGGUUCAUUGAAGCGAAACGGUAUUCGUUUCGUUGAGAUAACGUGAAUUCCACCAUUAAGAAAAAUCAGAUACUUUUUGCUAUUUCACUAGAAUUUAUUUCUCUAAAAUUUUAAGGCCAUAUUUUCCUCUUUAUAAGAUAAAGUCGAUAGUGCUGAAAAAAUGAUUCAAAAAAAUUCCACUGCCAGGUCGACCUUACAAACAGCGUUCGAUUUUUCAUGUAAACUUUCCCAACUUUUUGCCUUUCGAUAAAAGCCUAUCUCUUAACUUCGUACAGCGUUGGACGACUUAAUCGUUAAUUCAUAUUUUAGUACGCUGGCGUUUUUUAUUUUCCCUCCAUAUUAUUGUUGUUUAAAGAAAGAUAAACUUGCCCAGGAAACAUAAGAAGACAAUAUCAAACUAUAGUGAUGACUAAGAUUAAUAUUAUAACAUUACACAUUUGUUUUCGUUAAAUAGUAGUAAAAACAGCCAGUAUCAAACAACUAAAAAAUACUUUCCUUGUGUCUUGCGACGGACUAGAUAAACCUUAUUACUUUUUUUUCUUGCGCACAAAUCAGUUAACUGAACCGUAAGAGUUAUGACCGGAGAAUCAAUUUUGUGAUCAUGACACCGGUUAACAUCAGGCUGUGGAAACCAUGGGGCGUAGACCAAUCUUGGAAAUUACACAUACGCAAGAGGUUGAAGUAAACACGAGUUUUUUGCUCCGCUCCUCCCAGUUUUUUUGGCUUAGUAUUGGUGGCAAUCGCUUCUCUUCUCGAAGGCGUGAAAGGCUUAGCAUGGUUAUUUUUAGUCUCGUCGGAGUGGAACCUGUUAAGGCAAAUUUUUUUUUGCACCGACCCGUAGACCUUUGCGCUUUGAAAAGUGGAACUAGUGACGUGCUGAACGAUAGUCCUCUGAACUGUACAAUAAUUCACGAGAGAUGUUCCAUCACAGAUAAUUGAUUGUUAAUAGAGAGGAAACUGGAGACGCUUGUAUUGGAAUCAGGAAUCCUGUACACUGAUGAAACCUAUGCAUUGGUGCAGCUAAGCAAAUCAACUCCAAUUGGUCCUGUUAUUAUUUAUUUUUAUCUGAAACGUUCUUGCAGUUAGGGGAGCCUACCAGACAAAAAUUGUCUGUCAUUUCAUUGAUGGUGUCCACGCUUAUGAUGAUAUCUAAGAAGCCAAUUCUCUGUUUUUAUGCUACUGCUGCAGUCAUUGUGCUUACAAAUUUUAAUGAGAACGAUAAAUUGCAUAUCCCCUUACUUUCUACGAACUGCCAAUUACAAUGUCACCAAUACCUUGGUGGUUAAGUUCGUCAAGCUCCUUGUUUAAGAUCAGAUAAGAGUGGACUGCUGUAACCCGUUGUUCUUGUUUUCAAACUACCUGCUGUUUCGUUUCACCUCGGUUCAUUAUCUCUCAAAGAGGAUUAAUUGACUAGAAAAGUGGUUAGUUUACGUUUUCGACAAUCCAACAUAUAGAGAUUUAGGUCAGUUUUUCUGAUUGAAUUUCCAUCUCUUUUGUAGUAAAAGCAGGGCCUCACUGCAAAUACGUUUAGAGGGCCAAAAGUUUAUCAAUUCUUGAAACUUUCCCUUUAUCUAAAUGAAGAUAGUUUAGCAUUUCAAGGGCAUUGACCACACUAUGACUGCAAAAGGUUCAAACAAAUUAACUGGCUGGAAACUGAUUCAAUUCUUAUUGGGGUGUAUCCAGAAUUAUGUGCAGCUCGCAAAACUAUCAUUUUCAUAACUAUGUAACUACACUCAUGUAUCGGAGCGCUUCUUUUGUAAUAAUGAAGGCAUUUCUUUCAGGAAAGUGCUAAGACGGUGAUGAAUUAGGAAAUAAUCUCCUUUUCAGAUUCAGUUGAGUGUCCAGAACAAUUUUUUUUCGCCAUUGUCUUGUAAUUCUACAAACCGUUCAAGCAAAUUGUAAAGAAAAUUCAGGACUCGUUGUUUACCGUUAAUUUACAGUUUCCAUUUACCGAAAAAUGGCCGUAAAAACCUGGUAUGAAAGACAGUUUUGAAGAAACGGGAGAAAUUCUGUUUGAAUUGGAACACUGAUUCCCACUUGGAAAAGAGGGCAACCUUUGUUAACAGUAAUAGUAAAUCUUCAUUGCGCCUUACUCUUAUCGGUCUGAAUGAAAAUCUUUAUCAAUGUGUCAAUCUUCUAGCUGGCUACACGUAGCCUACUAAUCGGGGACACCUAACACGAAAAGUAAAAUAAUCAAAAAAUUUUCUAACAAAUUACACUAAUUUGCUGGAACGAGCCAAAAAGCCCCUAGCCGCGGGAGGUACUCAAUAUACUUCAUACGAGGCAGCUUCACCUCGAGGUCCAAACCCUUUGUAUACCAUAUCAUAUACCCGUAUAGGCCAUUACAGAAAGUUCUCCGAGCAAAGAAGCCGUUUUCCAUUUACUUUCACCGAUUGUCAGCAGCGUUGCAUGUAUUCUCUCUGGGGGAUCCGCUUCUGUGAAUUUUUGUUAAGCUGAAACGAUUCGAUAACUGAGUCGAGUUCCAUCUACAUUUCAACCGGAGUUCCCGGAGACUGUUUGUAAGCCUCAAAAAACGCCAAUGAUUAUCGGACAUGAUUGCCAGAAAUUGUGACAUUAGUUCCUUAGAGAUAUCCAACUGUAUUACAUUGCGGCUGAUCUUGUAGAAUGUGAAUGAGGAACCAAAAAAUGAUUGACUGCCCAACGAUUUGGCGUUUGGUAUUCGUAAACAAAAAACUGGAAAAUGAAGGGUUCAUUGAAGAGGGCAACUUCGGCUGUUGAAGUAACAGUGAAAAUCAUCGUGUAUUCCAUCUGUCUACAUUUAAUAAGGCUUUGCAAAAUGGUUUUGAGAAACGUAACUGUCCAAGAAGAAGCCACAAUUUAAUCUUUGCGUUAACAUUUUGUUCGCACAAGAAAAAUUAUACGUGGUUUGUUGAUGCUGUAUCUUAUUAGCACCAUUUGCUUCUCAUUGAAGAGAAAUGUAGCUCUUCUGAAAGUGCUGUUCAGGCGUCAUAUUAGGGAAAUACUUUUAAGUAAAUUGAGAGAGAACAAUCAGCCCCUGAUCUCGGUUUAUUCGUUUUUUUAAACGGGUCACAAAACACUACCUUAGAGGGAGGGGAGGCCAAAGGUAUCAGGCCUUAAAAACGGUUGUGAGCAAAUUGAAUCGGGGUUCUUCCAGCAUAAACGAUCUACACUUAGGAAAGAGAAUCGCCAUUUAUGUUUUUAAUUUAAGUGCUGAUAAAAUUAAUAUCCCCGAAUAAACUUAUGAAUUUCAAAAGCUGUUGUAAGAAUUUGUAAUGCGAGCCUAAUGGACAUUGUAGCCUAAAAGUUGUCUCUUUCAUGUCAAUUCUCUCUGCCUCGAGUCGAGAUAUCGAGUACCUAUAAAAGGAUUCAAUUCAAAAUGAACCACCAAUUAAAUAUCAGCUAACGUUCUGUUACUUUGAGAAGUGUUUAAUCUUAGUUUGAGAUCUUUAAGUGUGCACAGGUGAAAGGUAAAGGGGAGGAGUAGAUUUAAUGCAUGACUUCCUUAUAACUGAUGCGGGAAAAAACUCUAAAUCGAUCUAAUUCUAUACGUGUAGGGACAACCCCUUUGUCUAGCUUCGAAAAUUUUCUUGUUUAAACUAGGAAAUCAAAAUCCAGGUACCUGAGAAUGAAUAAAAUCAGAGUUUACCGAAAAGCUUUGAUGAGGCGCCAUGACUGAGCUGAUUACUGAUGAUAUCACUACUUCCCAGGAUAGCUGUACUGGUACCAGUCACGCGCCAUCGAAGAAAAGUGAUUUAACUGGGAGCGACUGACAAAUUCUCCCUGUGUGUUUUCUUGUUUUCUUUAGGCAAUGAAGGCUGAUACAAGCCUGCUGAGGCUGGCUGUUGGCCUGGCCUUAUUCAUAUUAGCGGUAAGUUACAUUUUGGUUUGUUUGUGAACACUUUACGAUGAGUUUAUUUCCUGGUAGUUCGCCUUCACCCAGUCCACUUACACACUUUGUAAACAUCAAGGGCCCUUUCGAUUUAACGUAUUUUGUAAUAUGUACAGUUGGGAUCGUUCAAUAGUCUUGUGGCAACAAUGUUAUAACAAUACAGCUAAAAUUUUAGUUAUGACUUUCAAAUCUCGAAAGCACCGAUUUUAGCGACAAUUCAAUAUGAUUAUUGAAUGAAGCCAGAUUAAUGCAGUCAUAUACAGCCGUACUGGGUCGAGAUUGUUGUUAACUUAACGAAAAUAAUUAUCGAACCAUUACAAUGCCUUUAUUCAUAUUGCCAAAAAUUUGCCUGCUGCAGCAACGUAAUCCCCUCUAUUCUACUCAUGACGUUUCUUUUUGGUGUGCUAAAUAUCAACUCUACCAUGAUUGACUUUAAGCUGAUCCAGAUUUUGGUCUGGCUACCGGAUUUUGAUUAUUAAACUUGGCUCUGAUACCAGUGAUACCCAGAAUGCCCAAAUAUGAUUACCAAGACAUUAGAAAAACUUGAAACUGUCUUGUGAGAAGAUAACUGGAAGCCUGGAUUUGCCUAGAGUAUCUCUGCAACUAAGAAAUUGGGUAUUAACAAAAAAUAAAUAAAUAUAACUUAAGUUAAAUGAAAAUAACAAUAAGACAAAAAUUUCUCUUUUCCCAGCACUGUUCAGUUGUACCGAGAAAGCCACGUCUAAUAAAGAGAAACUCUGAAGAAGAAAAUAUUCUGAGUUAUUACUGGAACCAGAAAUUACCCGUGGGAUUCUUCGUCAAUGGGCAAGGUGGCUUGAUGGGACCUCCGGGUCCACCCGGACCACCAGGACCUCCUGCUUACUACGGAGGCGGAGGUAGUGGAAGUGGAAGCGGCGACGCUUAUACCCGUGGGGGCAUUCCAGGACCACCGGGUCCUCCGGGGCCACCUGGUCCACCAGGUCUCGGGGGGGCUGCAGCAGCAGUAAGUAAUUGAGGCUGUGACGUAGUAGAUUUGAACCUCUGUGAUCCGUGUUUACACAGUUGGGAUCAGGUCUUCUAUUCAAUGAUAAUAAGAGUCCUUAAGAAAAACGUAACAGUGGUAAGUAGCAGCCAGUGGAUUUUCAGUGUAGCUUGAAUGCUAUGAACACUAGAUGGAAAACAUAAAAAGUCUUUGAAGCGAAAAAGUUCAUUUCACGUUCCGUUGUCGUCCAUGAAAAAGAAAUUGAAAACUGAAACUUACAGAAAUAUUUGUUUCAAGAUAUUUCAGGCAAAUCGCUUGGCUUUCACGAGUCGAAAGUGAAAGCAAGGUUACAUAGUAGCCAGGUGAUUUGGCUGAUAUAUCUCGAAGCAAAUAUUUUUAUACGUUCCAGUCUAUAAUUUCUUUCUCAUAAAAAGUUUUGACCACAUCAGCGUUGCUGAAAUCUCAUCCUGUAUAAAUAAGUGCUUUAUUUACUUGUAACACUUCCACAGAAUUGUGGUCAUUUUAGGCACAUGUGACAAAAACAUAAUCGACGACAGCCGACUUUGCACGUUUGGUACAUUGAAAUAACAGAUUUUCACAGUACUUAUAAUAAGUGCCGGUUUUUCGCUGUAUUUUGGCUUUAAACUCUGCUUUCCUAUAUAAGCGCAAAAAACGACGUAUUUUUGUUUAUUCCAGGGGGCUCAGGAAACCAUCACGUGUGAAGGAGAGAAGGAAUGGAUCGAAUGUCCACAAUAUAGAGUCAUCAAAAUUAAUUCUGCCUUUUGGGGCCGUGAUGACGCCGCCACCUGUAACACAAAUGGCGUCCAACACGGACUCAGCACCGCAGAAAUGUGCCCUCAAGACGAGUCCAACACAAUGACCAAAGUGGAAGGACAGUGUAAAGACGAACAAGCUUGUGAACUAGCUGCCACCUCGACCUUCUUUGACAAGACUGACUGUGGGCAGGUCUACAAGUAUCUACGAGUGAACUACGAGUGCCUGCCUAGUGAAUCACGAGUCAAAGCAGCCAUUCAAAGAUCAAAAAUCAGCGGCUAAUCUUAUUAGCUAUUAACUGGAUCGAUCAGCAUGACGAGAACACAAUAUCAACGUUUUUCACCGGCUAAUACUGUUCAGCACUCUCAACGCCAGUUACAGAUUGUAUAAUGUGUAGCAAAUUUCUGAAGCAGGGCUUGGAAAAUUUCGAAGCAGGAAAAAGAAGUCAUGUUAGUCGGUGAAAUACAAUUUGGGAAGGAACAAACUCUGUAUUUGACCAUUCUGUUCACAAUUCCAAGGAAAACAACAGUUAGAGCAUUUUAUUAAUCUAGGAAGAUUCAUUUCAUGGUCUUUCAUGCUACACUUUGUUAUUUACUUCGAAGGUGUAAAUAGUAAUAUUUCUAAAGUGUUUCCCUUAUUUUGAGAAAAAGCUCUUGUAAAAACCACCAGUAAUUACAAGGAUUACUGAGUGCACGCUGUUUUUUAGUAAUCUCUUGACUCAAAAAGUUAACUUUCAUGUCAAACUAUUUAAGGGGUCUUACAGAUGCUAAUGUAAAUGAAGUACGGUAUGCCCGUGUUAGUAGCAUUUGUCAAUGUAGGUGACCUAGUACCAUAAACGCAACGUCUUACGUUUGUGACAGUAAAGUUUUAUGGUCUUUUCAAACUUACCGUGUGUAACUUAAUAAGAGUAUUGGUGCACAACGGAGUUGAGUUAGUUGGUGAUUCUUAAAGGCAUCAGCGGUCACUCCGAGAUAGGGGAUUUAGAAGUAUGCCGUUUGUCUCAAUGUCUCAUCAUCACAAUCUCCUAAUCUAAUAUCUUGAGCCGCGCUGCCCUAGUGGCACUCUUGAUUAGCUUUUUCACUUGGAAUCGUUUUUUCUCUUUAAAACACUAUACCCACGGCCAGUGGGCCAAUAACACCAUUUUGCAAUAUUGUCCACAUAAUUCAAUCCAGAGUGUCCUCCUUUCUCUUGCCUUAAAACAGAUCUGUUCAGAUGGCAGCAAGAUGCUCCAUCAACAUGGCCAAAAUAUGCGACUUUGCACUUUGUGUGUCUACCGGUGUAUGAGUACUUAUGAGUAAUUAGGGACCUUAAGAUACACCGUUUCCGUGUAGGGGUACGGGUAAAUACCCGUGCGCGUAGCCGUAAUUACGGGUAGAUUGCCUCUUAUCCCGGAGAAACGGCUAGGCUACCAGGUAGAACGUUGAUGCCAUUAUCGCAUCUGGGAAAUCAUGGUCGCCUUUUGUAUAACUACGUGGCGAACAUGCUAACCUACUCGUACCUGUUGACAGAAACGGUGUAUCUUAACAUCACUUUUGAGUUAUAUACAGAAGUCUGCCCCUUACCUUGGAUACCGGGUAGAGUGAUAAUGCCAAUAUCACAUCUGGGAAACCAUGGUCCCCUUUUAUAACAACACAAGGUAGACCUGUUCUACUACCGUAUCGUAGACAGAAACAGGGUAUCUCAUGUUCCGUAGGGAAAAGGGUACAAAAUUAAAACUUAUAGAAAGGAAGGGCCAUGCGUAGUAUACUCUCUUCACACUCUGUAUUGUUAGCUUUUUGAAGUAACAAAACAAAAUUCACAAUAAACAAUAUAUAAGUUGGGUAAAAAGAGAAACAUGAAAUGAAAAAUGAUAAAUUAUAGGGGCAAAUCACACUAUUGACAUCAUGACUUGGGAGAGGCAUACCCAGCCUUGAGGGCCUAGCCGCAUAUUAAGCAUACGAAGAAAGAAAAAGAAUUGAGGAUAAUAUCCAUAAAAAAUAACAAGAGGCCCGGACAAGAGAUUUGAUAAAAUAUAAUUAACAAUUAUUCCACGAGUGCGCGUUGGAUAUGAGUUGCCUAUAAUCAUCUCAUAUCCAACAAGCGCGAGUGGAAUAAUUGUUUUAUUAAACACGCCCACAAAAUAUCGAGAAUUCUUCCCGACUUUAUUUGUAAAAACAACCGAUUCUCAGCUUGUUUUUAAUUUUGAGGAAACUCGUACAGUUACCAUAUUUGGAGAGCAUGGUAGAAUGGCUCAUAAACCAUGAUCAUGGCCAAGCCCUUCAGAGUUCUGGAAUUUCAUUAUUUAUGAUUCAGUUUUAAAUAGUAAUGCUUGUUUCACGAUAAUCACUCGAGAUAUAAAUCGCGACAUUCCUACUGCUUAUUCUAAGUCCUUAUCAAGCACUGCAAUGAGGUUCAACAUAAACACUCCGAUAGUCGGUUAAUACGUUAUUGAUGAACACUGAUCCAUUGUCUCCUCUACGAUAUCUGGUCGAUAUGCAGCUAAGAAGCGAGUCAGAAAGUACCCCUCCUUAUCUUUCAAUCAUCAUCUAGUAAACACUAUCUAAAUGUACACGCUCUGACAAAACACAGCGGAGAGGUGAUUGGGAUGGUUAGUGCUUGAAUAUGUCCAAUAAUCACGGAAUAAUAAUAUACCAAGAUUCCACUUAUUUCGCCUGGGUCACAAACAGUUGAACUGGCCAUGGAUGUUACGAAUCCUGAUAUAACAUCAAACGAACGUUUAUUUGAAGAUUGGCUUGAAUAAAAACACAGUCACUGAAGUAAAGAAAGCCUACUGCUAGUCAAAGUAUCUACCCCUCGUUAAAUAAGUUUCAAAUCGGUGUUUAUCCGCGUUAUUUGACAAUGCCGGUGUAAGGCACUUUCCCGGCGUACAUAAGCUUCAACUCUGCCGGCAUACGUGGCUUUUUGUGAUACAUGGCUCAACUUUCAGCGUCCGUGAAACACAGGCUAGUCUUUCUACAUUACAUCUAUCAUGAUUUGGUAUGUUGGUAGAGAAGGUUCUUCAAAACUAAUACGACCGUACUAACACUAGCUCUUUUCUUGGGUAAAAUCUUCCAAGGUCGAUUAGGCACCAAAUAGCCUCAAAUAGUCAAGUGUAACAGUCUUUCUAAAACAAAGACUUCUUCCCCCUCAAUUUCUUAGAAAAGCAGCCAACCAGCAGGCACUCAUGUAUUCUGUGAAGAUAUUUUUCUUUGGAGACAAGUGUUGAGAUUUCCCUUUAACUUUUGAACUAUCUUGCGCCCAUUCCACUCAUCACCCUACAGUCAUACACAACUUUUAGAAACUUCGCCACACCCGGGCAAAAUGAGCGCUCAAAAAACAGGUCGGACACGGGUAUAUUACAAAAUGGCUGCUUCUCACACGAAGACUGCAAUUUCGCCAGAGCAUAAUAAGGCUGAGUCGGUGCACAUAACUUGAAAUUCAUCGCCGAAGGUUUGUCAGGAAGACAAGUCUUGAGAUCGUCCCUUCCCCAGAAUGCAGAAUUAAUUUUAAGUCCUUCUUCCUGUCCCCCGCAGGACAGCGAGAGCAUGUUUCCGUCGCACCCCAAUGCGGUGGCGUUGGCUAGUCUUACCCAGUUGGUAAGUGUGCUUUCAAAAGGUCGACCAGACGCUUUCAUAAAACAGCAAUAAAGAAACAAGUGAAACAACUGACGCAUACUACGCGAGAAGCGAAUCUAUCAGGGGAAUAAUUCUUAACGCCCUCAACUUACCAAUGGAACAUUUGUUUCUCAAACAAACUGUCAGAUUAUAUAUAGGGCGUUGCAUAUUUAAUUACGUUUUGCACACACGCCAGUUAGCGUUUGUGACAGGCCACCAGUAAUAGAUUAGUAGAUCGUAUCUUAAGUUGGAGUUUCUCGUUCAAUUGCUUAUCAGAGGAUAUUUUGAUUUGGCCAGCAGUGAGUAACCAUCCUGAAAUACACACAGCCAAAACCAAAAACAAAUGAUUAUAACGGGUAUAUAUCUGAUCCAUCGAUGGAACAGAUUUCUGAUGUCAACGUCAAAAGGACAACGUACUUUACGACACAGAAUUCUACUAAAGCAGCAAAUGGCUCCUCAAUUUAUAACAAUUUCAAUCUGAUAAACCUCUUAUUUUAUAUCUGUCUUAAAAUUGUUUGUGGUAUUUACAAAGGUAUUCAAUACUGUACAUACUGAAUAGAAUGAUUGUACUGGUGUAUUUAACUGUAAGAUGCGUUGUGUAAAUCACCGUAGUUAGGGAGUUCACUCCAACAACGAAAUUAUUAACCAAUUCUGGUAGAACGAUAUGACGUUUUUUUCGAAUCAAGGUAGUUAAAUAUCUACUACUGCUAUCAUCCGGUGGAGUUGAGCUUCAGCAAAACCGUUCAGUCGGCUGAUUAUCGUGACGUUUAACCUGACAAACGAAGUGUCAGUUAUUCCAAACCCAUGUUAUUUGUGCGAAGGAUAUUCACUGACACAAUUUUAAAAUUUCAGUCUCUCUUAAUAGUAACUACUGCUAACGGCAACAAUGAUCUUUAGCCACUGAGUAAUAAACCUGACGGCUAAGUGUUUGUGAGGAUGAUCAAACUAAACCAAUUACGGUUUAAGAAUUAGUUCCCCGUAACCGGUACAUAAAAUCUGCGAGCCGGUUAGUGCGAUCAACCAAUUAAAAGAUAUUACACAGUACUGUGUAGUGGUGUUGUCCAUUCUAGUAUUUUUCAUAAGAUGACUCCACGAAGGCCCAUCUAAAUCUGAAAGCAAAGCGACAAAAAAUAUCGGAGGUCCGCGUUCCAUUCCAGGAGUAAAAGUGACAGAGCAAGCGGUGUUUUUAGAACACCCGGAUGACCUGAUCACAAACAUGCAGGUGGCCAAAACAACCGUCGCGAACCUGAAGCGAUAAUUGAGAUUUCCUCACAGAAUGGGAUAAAAUUUAUCGCUCUUAGCAAUAAAUAAUGUUGUAGAAAAUUCAUUGAACUACAUUUUUUCACAGCGCGAUUGGUUUUAAUCGAUUCCCAAAUGUUAACUUGGGGUCAUCAACGAUCAACGCGCAUGUGCCUUUGGAGGUUCGCAUACCAUGGAGAUGAGAUAAUACGCAAUGGAAAGAAUGACUUUAUGGAAAUAGCAUUUGCAAGCACGGACGGUCUGUCAUAAUUCUGAGAAAAAAUCGGGAAAUUUCUGCCUUCCAAGGUUUAUUUUGAUUAUUUUUUCAAGCGUACGGAUUUUAGAUUUCACUGAAAUUUCUUUACUCUAAAUGCAUAGUUAAAGAGUCCGUAUUUCUUUCUCGUAGGGCUAGUUAAUCUGCUUGAAUUGCUGGCCAACCGAGCAACCUACUGGUGACUUGAUUAUACAACGUAAGUACGAAAAUUCUUGUCUAUAUUUAUGCUAAAACGGGACCUAAGAUUUUGGUGUAGCCGUUGGCACUAUUACGCUGUUUAGACGCGGCUAAUUGCCUUCGUUUUAGACCAACAUUCACCUCUCUGUCAAAGACUGUUUUGACUUUUGUUCACUAGACACACUUGUCUGAUCAAAAGGUUAUUGAAAUUUCUUGAAAGAAAAAAUACGAUAAAGGAGUAGCCAAUAGGUAUACAGUAAAAUAUAUAAGUGAAUUUAUAUAAUUAUAUUUGUAGUAUGAUUACAUUUAAUGCGCCCUUUCGUUAAACUAGGCUAUUGCAGGCCCUCACAUCUGUUGGAAGAGGUCUUGCUUGAAAUUACUUCCCAUUCCCCUACCACAAUUUUGAACACGUAGAAUGAUACCACAGGGUGUUUUCCUUAAUUCCUUCUCAACCCGACUUAGUUUUCUGCAUGGCUUCCCAUAUUUUCGCAGUACUUUGAAUAGACCUGUGAAGUUAAUUGGUCAGCUUAUCAUAUUUUUCGCAGUAAUUCAUCGAAGCUGGCCAAAGAGCAGUAGGCAAACGGCAAGGAGUGCCGAGGGUCUUACUACCCGCACACAGGUAUAUUAUCCAGUACAUAUAGAUAAUAUCAAUAUCCAAUUCGUAUUUUAUCAUACCGCUGGAAAGGAUUCAGAUCAGUGAUAAUUAAUAAAAUGCAACAAAAUAAGAAAGGACACUUUACGUGCUUUACGUGUUCAAUUGCGGACAACGAAGUUUGAGUGAUAAAUGGGCACUAAAUAAAGCGGUAUCCUUUAAAAAAAAGACGCCACUAAAUAUCAAUAUAAUUUAUCGAACUAUUUCAUCCUUACCCAAGAGAGGCUAUACGCGGUAUAGAGGACAAAAAAUACCUGAAAAUGUAGUUUCAACAAUAAUGGACAAAAAAGACCUCAAAAUUAGGAUGGCUUCAAUAAUGGAAAUUUGAACCGGAAUAGUACUGUUCAACACCUUUCCUUAGACGGGCAUUAUGGAUGACUUUGUUCAAAAGUUUCAGCAAAAAGGAAAUCUGUUAUGCUGAGUGGGUGCAAUUCUAACUCUAUUCUGAAAGGAAUUAUACCUAAGUAAUAAAAUAUCCAAAUAUGCCAGGAAAUGUAAAUGCCACUUUACUAAAAUUUAGUAUGUCUUUUUUUUUCAGGAAAAUAUGGCGCUCAUCCUACAGACUUUGAUAACAACUUUACUUGUCGCUUUUGGAGCGUGUACCGAGGUGAUUAACCCGGCAUAGAGUUAUCAUUUAAGUUGUAAUCAUGCAGUAAAUUAGUUAAUGUACACUGGAACUAACUAAUGCUAGUCAAGCGGCAGGUCUUUCGAAAAGCCACGAGGAAGGUAAAAAUAGAGCACCAGAAAACCUGCAGAAGACGCGCAACAAAGGACGCGAUUAACACCUAAUUAAUUCUACCGAUCGUGAUGAAGGGGCAAGAAACUGGCUUCGCCGCAGGUGUUCCCCUCCAUCCUAUCAGGACGCAAGCAUUUUUAUGAACCAGUCAGAAUUUGAAGCAGAUACAUGUAGUCAAUGUGAAACAAAAACGCAAGCCAGAACCAGUUGUUGUUUUUGCUUUCGGCUCGAUGUGUUUGAACAAGUCUCAAGGCGACCGAAAAAAAUCCAAAAACAAAAGAGUUUUGUCAAAAUGGAUUCUCCGUGUUUCACAUCGACUUCAUUACGCAUACAUCGAAGGCGAUACUAACAGGAAAAGGCAGUACGAAAAUAACUGUAAAAUCCUAAAACACAAUAACUAGCACUAACAGUUUUGUAGAAUUAAUGGAGUCUUUCGUGAUUUGUUCAUUUAGGCGAAUAAUAUGAAGGCAGUGGUUUCACUGUUUCACGGAUUUUAACUUUCCCAUAAAGCGUCCCUUAAUGAUUAGCUUUUUUAUCAGCUACAGAAUAAUACAGAAAAUUAAGUGAAAACUGAAUAACAAUGUCUCUCUUGAACUUGGUGUGUAAAUGAUCACUGGGCACUGGUCAAAAACAAUCUGAUAAUACUUCCAAUUGCUUGAAGCUUAGAAACGAUUCGGCCGCUUGCGAGCCUGUCUUUCCCUAUUUUGAGAAGAGCUACAGAGUGCUUUGGCAGGAAAAAAGGGUUUUACUUCGAAACGCUUACGACUAUUGUUUCUAUUAUCCAGCUAAGUGAUGUCCCUGACAAUGUCCAACUACAAAAGGAUUCAGAUAUCAACCUAAUGGAAGUAUUAGAGAGCCUUGCGCCGAUUCCAAGUGAGGAGGUGGUGGCAGUAAAACCCAAAGGGGAGGGUAUAGAGAGAUUCAGGCGAAGAGUAGAGCCUGCUGGUGGGACUUCCUCUCUUCCAGUUCUCCCGCAACCUCAACAGAAUAACUCCAUCUUCAGCCAAAAACAAUUAACUGAAAGUGGAACUUCGCCUUCUGGGGAUGGAGAAUGGGACAGCGGGCAUGCUGCAUCGUCGAAAACAAAAAAGGACAUCAUAGUUGGUGAAGAUACCCUCGGUUCUGGGAAUACACUGGAGGACGCAGAACAGGAACAAGAAAAACCAGUUGUAGUGAAACCCACAGAACAGGAUUUUGGGUCCACAGUCGGCAGCGCGGAAGAGAGUUCGGGAUCCCUGACAGAUGUAUCUGCUGCUGCAACGCAAAGCUUCAGGCCCGUCUCCCAACCACCCCCAGUCCCUCUUUCACAAAAUUCGGUUAACAAGGAAACUUCCACGGACCCAAAGACUGUAUCCUUUAACGCUGCAGAGCCUGAGGAAGCCAUAAAUGCCUCUAACAGAACAAUCAAUGAAAGCAAAGAGGUUGCUCCAACAGAAGACAGUAGAAAAGCAAGUUCCUCUUCUCAAGGGUUUCCCGAAGCUAGUGGAUUAGGGGGAGGAGCCCCUCCUUUAAUCUCUGCUGAUACCAACCAGCAAAAGCUAGCGUCUGAAUUAGAGGCCAGUGGUAGUGGAUUGAACGCAGACGAGCUUGCCUUUAUCGCUGGUCUUCAAAAGGCGAAGACAGAACAGAGCAGUGAGGGUCACACACAGAAGAAAGCGACGUUGCCAGGAAGUGUGGGUAACGACGAAGAUGAUGAAGGUGUUGAUGAUAAUGAUAACGAGAGCGGUGACGAAAGCGGAGAGCAAUCCAAUGCUAGUGCAAGUGGAAGUGGGGAGGACGAGGAGGACGAAGAAACAACAUCUGGCUCAGCUGAAAGUCAGGUUGAUACAUAUCAACGGAGAUCUCAGGUGAAUUCAUCUGAGCAAGAGGAAACAUCGGGGAAAGAGGAUGACGAUGACGAUGACGAUGACGAUGUCGAUGAUGAUGACGAGGAAUCAGGUUCGGGCUCGGCAGAUGACGAAGACAAUGAAGAUGAUUCAGGAGAAUCCAGUGCUGACGAGGAACAAAGGAGAGAUACGAUAAUUGACGUUGCGAGUGGCUCCGGAGUUAGCUUUAUCUCGGGGUUUAGCCAGUCAGAAAGUGAUGAUGCAUCUGCAGAUAGUUCUGGUGAGGAUGAUGAACCUCAAGAACCCAUGCCAGGUAGCAUGGGUCAAGUGAGCGACAUUGAAAAAAUUGAGAAAACACAAGCAGAGCCAGCUACUGCAACUGGUUUUACCUUCUCGUCCGGGUCUGGAACCCCUUUGCAGAGCAGCGUCGAGGAUGCAGUUGCGUCAGGCUCUGGACAUGUUCAAGGAAUUGGAAAUUCUAUUGUGCAUUCCGUUCAAGAUCAAACAAAAGCAAAGCAAACCUCAAGGUCGGGAGAGGAAGAGCUUCCAGGUAGUGUUGGCAGCAUUGCUGACCUUAGCCAACUAGAAACCGAAGCAAACGUAAAUGCAGAUGCAUCUGGCAAUUCAUUUUCUGGUUCAGGUGAAUCCGCUCAAGCAUCCACAUCAAACAGUCAAAUAGCCCCAGAGCAAUCAUUGCUAGAACAGAUCCUGCCGGAUACAUCUUCAGGAUCUGGCUUUUCAGAUGAAAAAAGAGAAAGCCUUCCUGGUAGUAUUGGAGGCAAGUUAAACUUGGACGAAUUACAAGCCUCUUCCAAGUCGCGUUCGGGAGAAGAGGCGGUGCAGAUAGUAAAGCCCACGGUCAGUGUACGACAAGAUGCUUCUGGUUCGGGAGAAGAACACGCAACAGGUGCUGACGUUUCGCUUGCAUCUGUCUUACAGUCAUCUGAUGCUUCCGGUUCAGGAAGUGAGGAACAGCAAAGCGCCUCUGGAAACACUGAAGAUUUUCAGUCAAUACAAAUACCACCCUCAGAAGACGAGACUCUGCCUGGUAGUGUUGGAGCAGUGGGCCCUAAUCUCAUGACCAUGGCCUCUCCAGAAAACAAACUGGGGUCCGGAAUGACAGACCAAUCUGGAGCAGGGUCUGGAAUUGGUUCUGGGAUGCAAGCGGACGCAAAUUUGAUGAAGUCAGCUGAGCUAACAGACAUCUCUGGAUCUGGUUCGGGACAAGACGAAGGCGUUGUAUAUGCGACAAAAAAGCAAACUGUGCAGAAGAAAAUUGCCAAACCGGUCAUGGCACUCUCUAAUAAAAACGAAACAAACGAGAAGUCUAAUGAGACAACCAUUCCUUCACAGACGAAACCGACAUCCACAGGUGAUCAAGAAGCUGAAACUAGCGGGGGAUUUGGGUUUGGACUCGAUACGUUGGCAUCAUCCACAGGAUCUGGACAGGCGGAUGAGCCGCUACCAGGUGGAUUCGGAUUUAGUGAUAGCACUGACCUUCAGUCUUUGGCCGGAUCCGGAAGCGAGGAUGCAUCAGGAACUUCAUUACUGUCCGGGACUGGGCCUCACGUCAUGGACAUUAGCGAGUCGGCAUCAGGAUCAGCAUACGAAGACCAGCUGUCUGAAUCAGGAAAUGGCGACAGUGGAAGCGGCAGAUUAUCAUUUGAAACCUUUGCGAAGAAGGACUAUGCGCCUACAGCAUCAGCAUUGGCAUCAGCAUCAGCGUCAGCAUCAUCAGCAAGUGCAGAGCACGAUAGUGGAUCUAGUUCUGGAUCUGGCUCCCAUGCACUUCCAGUUGCCAAGCACGCCUAUCUACCAACACCAAAAAGGGUCGGCACAGGCAUUUCAUCGGCCACGUUGGCUUCAUCUGCCGCUGGAGCUUCUUCUGGACAGUCAGACUCCGGAGCAAGUACCCUCCCAGGUAGCGUGGGCUUUGAAGCAUCUUUUUCCUCCUCAGGGUCUGCAAUUUUCGAUACCUCUACUUCGAUAAACGAAGGUUCAGGCUCUGGCUCAAACAACAUAGCGGAGUUUCCGGAAGAUUUUAUCGCCAAUGAAGAAAGCUCUUCCUCGGGUGCAGAGAUGAUAAACGCAGUCGAGUCCGGAGCUGGGGAGGGAUCAAGUGCGUUUUCAUCUGGUGAUGUCGGUAUAGAAGAAUCGAGCCAACGCUCACACACUGGAAAAAUAAAUCCCUUUAGCUUUACCUCAAAUUCUGGAAUACAAGCUAGUGCUACUCCUGACAAUUUUGCAAGGAUUCCCUUCAAUUUGGAAGUCGGAUCUGGUAGCAAUUAUGGCCUAGGGUCCGGCACUGGGAUAGAUUAUGGCUCUGCCUCGGAUUUCCUUUCGGGUUCGGGAGGAAGUGGCACCCUGGAGUUAACACCAGCAACUAAUCCUUCGGAAGCAAUUGUUGACCUGUUUGGCAACGCGAUAAGUAACAACGAAAAGGAGAAAGAUGGCGAGUCAAGCAGCAGUUCCUCUCUUAGCGGAGGAUCCGCUACUUCUCAUCACAAAGGGGGAAAAAGUAGGCACAGAAUUCCGAUCACUGACAAGUUUGCUGACGACAAUCAUCCUUCUGAAGACAGUGAAGAAAAAGAGCAGGUAAGCCUUUAAAGGAAAACUUUAAUGUACUAAUUACUCUUGGUAAGUAUGGAGAAACGAUUUCCAGUUUAUAUUCGAACUUGAUCUUCCAAAGCCAUUCUUAUGAGUAUCCUUGUUGUGCUACAGGUUUCAAUAAAGAGCAUCCCUGCACUGGCUAUGAUGUCAGUCACUUACCUUUCAGUUUCAGUUAGCCUAUGUUUUUUUUUUGGUGGGAGCAGAAAGCGGGGAAGGGCUGCAGAGGUGUUCCAAAAAUAUUAUCAAGAAAUUAUAUUGGCAAAUAAAUAUACGUUUUUAGGUUGAAUACGACCUUCCCAAGCCAGGAGACACAGUUGAUCAACAGCUGUUGGACCGCUUUAUGAUCAGUCAAAUCUUAGAGCAAAAUCUUACGCUAUUUUACGGCGGCCUAGCUGGACGCCCCGGAAAAACGGGUCCUGAAGGUCCCUCGGGUCCAAGUGGAGCGCGAGGUAUGACAGGAGCUCCUGGUCCUGCUGGUCCUCUUGGUGAUGUAGGAGCCCCUGGUGCCGAUGGUGAAUCCGGUCCGAUUGGUCCCCCUGGACUCCCUGGUAUGCCUGGUGCUAAAGGAGAACAAGGCGCACCCGGUCUCAUGGGAUUAGCUGGUGAACCUGGAGCACCAGGUCUUCCAGGACCAUUGGGUGAUGAAGGACCUUCUGGUCCGGAAGCUGUAAUGCCAGUAAGUAGUUGAGUACUUAUCCUUGUGCUCGAUGGUGAUAAUCAUUUCGAGAAUUUUUUUUUUAAUUUUCCAUGUGUAAACAGUCUCAGCUUUGUAUACAGGUAACUCUCUCUAAAGAGGAAACAGAAAGAAUUUAAGAACUGUAUCGACCAGGUUUAUAAGUUUCAGUUUUAGAAAUGUGUCCGUUAGAAGAGAGUUAGCUGUAGCUUAUUUCGUCAAAAGAAUUGUUGAAAGAGGAUUUAAAGAGUCAAAGUGUACUACACUGUAUCUUUCGUUGACGUUUACACCAUGUAUAAGCAUAAAUUACCCUUGUAUAAUGUUACAGAAGUUUAAAUUGUCUAACCUUUCUUUUCAGUGAACAUUUGGCUUCUUACAGUUGAAAUGUUUCUUUUUUUUACAAUUUUGUCAGAACUGCUCGUAUAUUUGCGAAGGAGAGAAGACGUGGCUCCAAUGCAAACAGUAUGAAACCAUCAAAGUAAACCGCGCUUUCUGGGGACGAGAAGAAAACGAGUUCUGCCCUGAAGCUCCUGUAGGCCUCGUUACAGACAAACCAUGUGAGACCGACCCAGAAAAUACAUUUAAGAAGGUCGAAAGCCAAUGCCGACAUAACCAGGCAUGCGAAGUGGUUGCUUCUAAUACGUUUUUCGACGAUCCAACGUGCAAGAACACGUUCAAAUAUCUGAAGCUCUGUUACGAAUGUAUCCCUGACGAGGUUCAUGCGACUGAUGUAUUGCUCGAUCAGGGAAAAAGGCGAAAGAGAGGGACUCGUCUAGAGGAUUUGCUUAGAAGACGUAGAGAAAAAUCCAAACAAAAACUUUUGAAUGAACUGUGGGAACAUCCGUUCCACGCGACAGUUGCGUGAACAGAUGCUUUAAUAAUUAGGACAUAAUCAUAAUUAAGAUUUCUGUAAAUAUUCACCCUUUUUCGCAAGGUGCGAGUUGGUCUUAUGAGGGAGAAAAGCAAUCCUGCUAGACUCGCAAUUACGUUACUUAUUAGGGAUUGAUAAUAGGAAUCUCUCGAGUUUCAGGGCAAUAAAUCAAAUACCACGCAAGGAAAAUUUUUGAUUUUUAUCGAUAUAUCAACUGAAGUUGUGUUUCAGGCCUCAGAGACUAUAAUUCGACAACGGCAUAGAAGUUUUGACCAACGUUGAGCGGCGACCUUCCUGCUCGAUCUAGCGACGGGCAGAAUGCUUAACAUUUUUGCCGAAAAAAUCCAAGAAUUUCGCAGUUUUCUGACGUGCACGUUGAAGGUGAAAAAUAGUAUAUGGUUCAUAUAUUUAUUCGUAUAGUCGUGGUAGACUAGUGUUAAAUUAAUGGAACGACUCAGCUCUGGCCGUAAUUGUUCAAAAGUUGGAUGGCAAUAUCCACUGGAUAAAACACUAUCCAGUGGAUAAGUAUAAAGAAAACUAAUUGCGUUUUCUGUUGGAUAGGGAUUUAUCCAGUGGUUGGCGUUAUUCACCUUUUCAACAACUGGGCCCUGACGAUUAGGCUGAUGUUCGUAUGUCGCCCAUAUAAACGAUUAGUUUCAUUGAAACAACAACUUUUGCUCACAUUUUCGCUUGCACAAACGGAAUAUGGGCACCGAAAUGGAACAAGAAUCCUUCCAUAGAGAUGUAACAUUACUCCUAAUUGCUUCACUCUACAGAAAGAAUUACUACCGACGGUCAUUUGGGUCCCCUUUGGCUUAACUGUUCCUUUAACACAGAGUAUAUUAGAGCAUGAAGUAGGGCUCUCUCCAGUUCGAUAUAAUGACGCAGAGAAGGCCCUGUGGGCUAAGUUUUAGCGGGUCUGUGGGACCAAGUUAAACUCGUGUACAUUCUUAUGUAACAGAGCUAUGUGUUGAAUGCAGCGGCAAAGAAAUCCGCCGCUAGGAAAACAGGUGACAUUUGUAUUAGAAAAUACGAGAAAUAAAAAGGAAUUUUUCCCGACAGAAUCUCCUACAGGGAACUCAUCAACGAUUUCUUUGCAGGAAAACAUAAUAGAAAAAACAACUCGUGUGUAUAAUACGGUGAUUAUUUUGUAUUUAAGACCAAGAUAGUCAGAGAG